GCCAACAAUACCAUUGCUAGUGACUCGACUGUAUUUGUGCUCAACGUACAAAUUCUUACAGUAUAUCUUCAACCGCAGGCUCCUGUAGGAGCCGAGAAGUCAGUCGCCAUGAAUAUGAUGUCUACCGAGCUUCAUCAAUCUGGGUGAGCUGAGAAAUUCGCAGCUAGAGCAGAGCAGCAAUGCCGCCCAAGAAGGCCGAUGAUCACUGGUCCUUCCUGGAAGAAAUUGAAGCGCCGAUGUGGGCGGAUCUCACAUUAGAGGCUGAGUACAGUGGUCAGGAUGUCGCAGAGGAGUGGUUCAAUACAACUCACCUGUUUCACCAAUGUUCGUCUUGCCAGUUAAAGUCUGGUUUCUCUCGUCAUUCUAAGGGGAGGCCAACCAUGGACUUUGACCUUGAGGGACCACUUUCACCUAAGCUGGCAUCCUCAGUUUCACGAUCGAGGGGAAAAGAUUACAGGGAAAAAAAACUGGGACGUGAUAAUUGCGAAUGGAUGUUUCUGAAAACUCACCCUUUGAAGGACAUAGGUAGUAAAUCUUCACACCAAAGACUGGGUUCUUGUCAAGGAAAAAAACCGAGAGUAACCCUGACGAAACCAAAGGGAUCUUCCAUCUCGAGGACAGCUUUUGUUCGUGAAAAUGGAGAGUCCCAUUCUCUGAAUGCUAAGUUCACUUCCAAGAGUUCAGUGAGUGGCGUGCUUACAAGUUCUACAUCAACCAAGACAAGUGGAAUGGAUAGUCAAAGCGGAAUUACAUUUGAGAGCAUUCAGAUGCAGCAGCAAAAUGUACUAGAUGUUUCAAGUCAAGCAUUUAAUAACUCAAGUGGGCUUUUGUCUAUCGUGAGAAGAGGUCUCAGGAAAAGCUGUGUCACAAGACAAGCAUCAAGAAUAGAGAUCAGAAAUGAUUCAGAUCAAACAAGGGGAUAUGGAUCUUCAUCUGGAAAAUCCAGCGUGAGUUCAUCAUCAUUUCCUGGUUGUGAUGUGAGAACUGCAAGCUCAACAUCAGCUGAGGGCAAGGAGACUACCCCAGAUAGCAGACAUGUGGCUAGGAUGGGCCAAAAAGAUAGGUGUGGAUCAAAGUCCUCCAAUAUCUCCAAGAUGCCACCUGUUUUUGUACUAAAAGGAACAUCUAAUUCUGGCCGAAGAGGUAUAACUGAUUUUGCAAAACCAACUUGCGAGAAAGCUGCAAAUGUAAAGGUGCAACAGUCCCUUUCUAGAAAAGCUCUGCACCCUCUUGGAGUUAAGGGCCAAGAGGUUUCAAUUAGCUCUAGGAAAGAUAAGGAACCUGCGAAAAUUUCCAGUUCCAAACGGCUAAUGGGCAAUGGUAAAGAGAAUGCAAGAGGUAAAAUGGCUUUGACUGAUAGAUUCAAUGGCAAAAAAGGAGGCAAUGGAGGGGUCAACUGGGGACAGAAAGAGAAAAAACAGGAUUUACAAACUUGUGGCGGGAGAGCGUUGGCUGAUUCAAAGGACAAGCUCAAAGCUCAAGUUGGAAGGAAGAUUAGCAAGAUUGCAACUCAAGAGGUGUACGUUCGUUGAUGGGCAAUCUGUAAAUGCCAUAUCUAAUGUUAACUUGACUGAAGGGCAGCAGCAUAAUCACGUGUGCUGCCAAACGAGCGUUCGACAAAUCCAGCAAAAGAAUUCUAGACUUGCCCGUACAGUCCCUUUGUCAUGGAGCAACAAGUCGCUUUCGCGGGGGUUAGUGCCGGCCUGAGGUAAGCCGUUGUUCUCGAGCACCCACUUCCUGGAAGCGAAUCUUGUUUUGUUGCAAUAGGAUCGCAAAAACAAAACUUGCUUUCCCUCCCCUGUUUUGGUUUGGAUUAAGGAGAGGGUGAACGAAAAGUUCUAAGGAGAGGCCGAAGCCGCGUGAUGGAGAAAAAUAAGAUUCCUGAUUACGAGCUUGCGUUCUCUCUUUC